UCCAGGCAGGUAAAGAUGGCGGAUGUAUUGAGUGUUCUUCGUCAGUAUAACAUUCAAAAAAAGGAAAUCAUCGCCAAAGGAGAUGAAGUAAUAUUUGGAGAAUUCUCUUGGCCGAAAAAUGUUAAGACUAACUACAUUAUCUGGGGUACUGGCAAAGAGGGGCAGCCCAAGGAGUACUAUACUUUGGACUCCAUUUUAUUCUUGCUCAACAAUGUGCAUCUGCCACAUUCAUCUUACGUGCGAAGAGCUGCAACAGAAAACAUCCCUGUUGUCAGACGACCGGAUCGAAAGGGCUUGCUGUCAUACCUCAAUGGCGAGAGUUCGACGUCGACGAGCAUUGACCGUAGUGCGCCCAUAGAAAUCGGUCUUCAAAGACCAACACAAGUCAAAAGAGCAGCUGAUGAAGUGUCUUCUGAAGCCAAGAAACCUAGGGUUGAAGAUGAAGAACGAGUACGUUUGGACAAGGAGCGACUGGCUGCUCGUCUGGAGGGCCACAAAGAAGGCAUUGUGCAGACUGAUCAGAUCAGAUCGCUGUCCGAGGCCAUGUCGGUGGAAAAAAUUGCCGCCAUCAAAGCUAAGAUCAUGGCCAAGAAGCGAUCAACCAUUAAAACAGAUCUGGAUGACGACAUAACCCUGAAGCAGAGAAGCUUUGUGGACGCAGAGGUGGAUGUCACCAGAGAUAUCGUCAGCCGUGAGCGAGUGUGGAGGACCAGGACAACCAUCCUGCAGAGCACUGGGAAGAAACGGAGGGUUUCAAAAUUGAUACCAUGGGCACAUACCACGGCAUGACCCUGAAGUCUGUGACGGAAGGGGCAUCUGCUCGGAAGGCCCAGACCCCAGCGCUGCAGCCUGUCCCCCGUCCAGUUUCACAAGCCAGACCUCCACCGAAUCAGAAGAAAGGGUCCCGUACCCCCAUCAUCAUUAUCCCCGCUGCCACUACCUCACUCAUCACGAUGCUCAAUGCUAAGGAUCUUCUACAGGAUCUAAAGUUUGUCACGUCAGAAGAGAAGAAGCAGCAGGGAUUCCAACGUGACAACGAGGUUCUGCUUCAGAGGCGCAAAAAUCAGCUUCAGCCCGGCGGAGCAAUGCUGAGCGUCACAGUUCCAUAUCGUGUCAUUGAUCAGCCGCUCAAGCUGGCUCCACAAGACUGGGAUCGAGUGGUGGCAGUCUUCGUGCAAGGACCCGCCUGGCAGUUUAAAGGUUGGCCGUGGCUGCUGCCUGACGGAUCUCCUGUCGACAUUUUUGCCAAAAUUCGAGCUUUUCAUUUGAAAUACGAUGAAGCAAAAACAGACCCCAAUGUGCAGAAAUGGGAUGUGACCGUGUUGGAGCUGAGCCGCCACAAAUGCCACGUCGAGCGGUCCGUCUUCCUGCACUUUUGGGAAACCCUUGACAAAUACAUGAUGAAACACAAAUCUCACCUCAGGUUCUGAGCUCAGAUCAGAGUUCAUCCACAAAAGUCCCACAAAUCCUUCCAGAACUGCCAAGGCGCCCUUCAACCCAAACAGACCCAAACAUGCAGGAGGAGGACAGAUGGAUCUAACUUCCUUGGAUGCUCUUCAUGCAACAUGUUAGAUUUAUUGUUCUGAACUUGAGAGCAGAAAUGUGUUUUCUGUUUUUCUUGGUGUACUUGUUUUUCUAAAGUUACCAGUUUAAUAGAAAUACCUAAAUCUGUUUGACAUUAAAAAGAAAGCAGAUAGUAAAAUCUAAGAUAUUAAGCAGCAAAGUGUUCCCUGUUUUGUUUUUUGUUUGUUGGUUUUUGUUUUUGUCUAUGGAAUUAAGAAAAAUUUGCUAUUUUUAAUCAAACGUUUUCUGAUUGAAGAAAAUUGUUUUGGUCGCAAACAAAGAGUUAGAAGGAAGAGACUUUAUUCUGAUUUUAUUUGAGUGUGUUUGUCCUCAGAAUGUACAUACAUGAUUAACCCUGUGAGAGCCAAAGCUCUAUGAGCAGAGAGAGAUGCAGGUCAGGAAUUUGUUUAUAUGUUCAGCUCACUCUGCUCCGGCUCUGAAUCUGUUUCCAGUUCAGUUUUUCAAAAGAUCAGCAUAUCUAUUGGUCAUAUAAUGACUGUCUGCUUUUUUUUUCUUUAUUGGUGUUAUGAUGGGUGAGGAAAAAUUGAAACGUAUUGCUCUAGGUCAUCACAUGAAAAUAGCCAAUAAAGCUUUUCUGAAACUGA